CUCCUUGCAGUCAUGGUGCAUUGCAGUUGCGUGUUGUUCAGAAAGUAUGGAAAUUUCAUUGAUAACCUAAGACUCUUCACCAAAGGAGGAAGUGGUGGAAUGGGUUAUCCUCGUUUAGGUGGAGAAGGUGGAAAAGGUGGUGAUGUCUGGGUUGUAGCCCAAAAAAAAAUGACUUUAAAGCAACUUAAAGACAAAUAUCCUCAGAAACGGUUUGUUGCUGGAGGAGGAGCAAACAGUCGGGUUAGUGCACUGAAAGGCUCCAAAGGAAAAGACUGUGAAAUCCCUGUACCUCUGGGUAUUUCAGUAACUGACGAAAAUGGUAAAAUUAUAGGAGAACUCAAUAAAGAGGAAGACAGAGUUUUGGUCGCUGAAGGAGGUCUUGGUGGUAAAUUACUUACAAAUUUCUUACCUUUGAAAGGCCAGAAACGAAUAAUUCAUCUUGAUCUAAAACUUGUAGCUGAUGUAGGCCUAAUAGGAUUCCCAAAUGCUGGAAAAUCCUCUUUGCUAAGUCAGGUUUCUCACGCAAAACCUGCAAUUGCAGAUUAUGCAUUUACAACAUUAAAGCCUGAACUUGGAAAGAUUAUGUAUAGUGAUUUCAAACAGAUAUCAGUAGCUGAUCUUCCAGGCUUAAUAGAAGGAGCACAUAUGAACAAAGGCAUGGGCCACAAAUUCCUCAAGCAUAUAGAAAGAACUAGACAACUACUUUUUGUUGUUGAUAUUUUUGGAUUUCAGCUUUCUUCAAAAACUCCAUACAGAACUGCUUUUGAAACCAUAAUACUGCUUACAAAAGAGUUGGAGUUGUACAAAGAGGAACUUCAGACAAAACCUGCAUUGCUGGCAGUUAAUAAAAUGGAUUUGCCACAUGCCCCAGAUAAAUUCCGUGAAUUGAUGAACCAACUCCAGAAUCCUAAAGAUUUUCUGCAUUUAAUUGAAAAAAACAUAAUUCCAGAGAGGACUAUGGCAUUCCAACAUAUCAUCCCCAUCUCAGCAGUUACUGGAGAAGGAAUCGAAGAAUUAAAGAACUGUAUAAGAAAAUCACUGGAUGAUCAUGCCGACCAGGAAAAUGAUGCACAUCAUAGGAAACAGUUGCUUAAUUUACAGAUUUCCAAUACAGUAUCUUUAUAGUGUGGCACCAUCAAAGCAUGCCACAUUACUAGUUCCAGAAUGGAUAUAAUUUAUAUCUAUUAAAAAUAGAGUACUAUUCAGCUUUUAAAAAGAAGGAAAUUGUAUCAUUUG